CCGGGGUGGCGGGCGACAGCGCCCGCCCCAGCCUGCCGGCGGCCCCGAGUCUCGGCGGAGGCUCGUACCGGGACUACGGGGGGGACGAGGGGAACCCGCUUCGCCCCCCACCUCCCGGCAAUACUCGAGGGUCGGUGAGGGGUCUCGGGCUGCCCCCCAGGCAAGUCCUCCCCGGUCGGCUACCAGGGUGCCGAGCCCGACCCGGCGGCGGGAAGCGCUGGCGGCCGCGGCGGGACCGGGGUUCCCUGCCGGGGCGAGGAGAGGGGGCACCCCGCUGUGGGCGCCCGGGGGGACGGGGACGGCGUCUCCCGCCUCUUCCCUGGGCUCCCACCCGGCCUGUUGGGCACGUGGGACAGGUGUGCGCCCCGGGCGGUGGGCAGGCGAGAGACAAGGGGCGGGGGUACCCUGUGCCCCCCGGCUCUGCUGUCCCUGAGUUGGGGCCGAGUUUGGUCUCUGCCGUGUAUCCCACGUGUCCGAGCCAGGUCGUGCAAGGCUUUGCGGGACGGGUGCCCGCCUCUCAUCAUACGUGGGGCUGAUUUCUGACCCCCGUCACUUCUUCUGCCAGGGUCGGGGCGGAGGGAUGCAGGGCCUCCGCCGGUGCCCGCAGGUGCCCGAAGGGGUCUCUGGGCAUCCCCCCGCGCUUCCAGGUGGGACCCGCGGCUGCAGGGCUGGCACAGCUACUCCGAGAGCCGAGACACUCACUGCGGGCCUGGGGCACCCGCUGGAACAGUGCGGAUGCACUUCACGAGUGUCUGCUGCCUCCCCCGGGGGCCUGCUGCAGCCACGGGACAUCCUUCCCCAGCGCCCCGUGCUGGGGCACGUAGCGGGGCUCUCGGCGGGCCCUGCACUAGUGAUUGUGAGGUGGCUUGCUCAGGGAUUGCACCAGCAAUUGCUGUUGCUCAGCCCCGGGCGGGGGACACAUGUAGCGGAGGUCCAGACAGGUGCUCACACGGAUGAGCUCGGUUCCGACCCUGGGAAAAAGCCUCCCUGUGUCUAUGAAUAGCCCGGCAGAGCUCUGGCAGCCGUGUCUGGGGCAGAUCUCAGUCAGAUUUCCCUGUACAGGACAUGGGGGUCUGCUGUGGGGUGUGCAGGUCUGGCACGCCCGUGGGGUGCUCAGGUGCUUUGCUCAGCCCUGCCCGCGCUGGACGAAAGCAGAUGCCGAGCGGGGCUGUGGGGCCGGCGUGGGCUGCGGUCCUGUUCGCUCAAGGAGCUGCUCCCGUGGACGGGGCCCCGAGUCUGAGGAGGCACUGGUUGUGUUCGUCCGUCGCUUCGGCUCUGGGGCUCCCGAUGGCGAAGGGAGGCUGCCCUCGUUCGGCGCCCCGCCGGCAGCGCUCCCGCUGCAGAGUCCGGGGCCGUGCUGCCGCCGGACGGGAGAAGCCUGAAUUGCACCGGCUGAUCCGUCCCGUCCCGUCCCGUCCCACCGGGAUGCUGGAGCCGAGGGGCCGUAGCGGGGCGGCCGGCCGCGGAAGCGAGGACCGGGGAGUCCGUCCCUUCCCAGCAGGGCACAGGGACCCUCGCCUGGCCUCUCCAGCGGUGCCGGCCUGGGAAAUCCGUGACCUGGCGGCAGCGGCUGGCGUGGGGCCACGGGCCGCCACGGGAGCGAAGUGCAGCGUGGGCUGUGUUUGGCCAGGCUGUGGCGGCUGGCGCGGCCGGGGGGGCCGGUGCGAGCCCUGCGGCACCGGGGGCACAUCCCUCCCGGUGCAUGGAUGCUAGAGAGGGCACAUGGGCCUGGCAGCGCCCACUACAGACCCUGUCACAGUGUGGCCAGUGCAGGGUGGUAUCAAGAUUCCACUACUGGGACUUGGGGACCAUCCCCUGAGAUGCUAGAGGGACUGGAAGAAACUAUUUUUUCUUCUUGUCCCAGCAGUGCCCAGGCAUGUGUUUUCACUUUUUCUUGGUCAGGAAUGCUCUCCUCAGCAUGUCCCUGUCCCCCGUUCUUCCUUUGCAGUGGAAGCAAUUGGGACAUGCUGGGGCACAGCUAAAGUCAUAGAGGAGAUGGAGGAACUCUUGAGUGCAGAAUGUCACUAAGCUCCAAGGGGACAGUCCCGUCCUGAGAGAUAGAGUAUGCAGCAGAUGGGCCAAGGAAGGUACAACCCCUUUUGGAACCACUUCUAAAGCCCUCAAAAGCCAGGGUGUCCUAACUGUGGCCACUGGGGCAUCCCUGCACUGCCGGGGGGAGCUGGGAAGGAGGCAAAGAUGUGGCUGCAGGAGGGAGUUGCCCCAGCACCUCCUGGGAGACAUCACUCCCCUGAGACUGUGCUGGCUGCUUUGCCAGGACCAUGCACAGCAGGGAUGCAGUUCCUUUCUGCGUGUCAGGGAUGCCAAGCAGUGGUGUUGGGGUGAAUGACUAAUAUGAGCCCAGCAUGGUGCUCCAUACUCUGCUAUGUCCCCACAGGACCUGCCUGACCAUCAUGCCCCUUGCAGUCCCACUCAUCCAGGCUGCUCAGGGGUUGCAUGUCCCAGCUUGGCGUAGGCAGCAGCCUGGGGAACCAGCGCGGGGCCAAGGGGUGGCUGCACCCAAGGACCCUGUGCUAAUGGAUUUGGAGUUUUCAAGGUCAGGCUCCCACUGUGAGCAAGAAAAACAUUCCCAGGGAAGGGCCAUGGGAAAGGCCCCCCCCUGCACAGCGCUCCCAGCCCCAGCCACUGCCUCAGAGCCCAGCCUGGCAUCCCAGGCUAUUCACACAAGGACAUGGCUGCAUUGCCCCUGAGGAGAGGUGCGAUACAAAGGCUGGAUUGCCCAAGCUGCCCAGUCUCUUGGAAGGGGUGUUCGGUGUGGUAAGGAUGCCUGGUUAUGCCAGGAAAGGAGAUGGGUAGGGGUGGACCAUGAAUGGGGUGCAGGAGGUGUUGUGAGGUUCUGGAGGGCAAGGGAGGGGGUGGCAUGCUUGGCCAGGACAGGGGAGCCAUGUGCCAACUCCCAGCCAGUCAGCUCUAUAUGCACCCUGUGUGGGCACUGACCCCAACCUCUGUGCUUGCAGCUAGCAUGGACCAGCGACAGGAGCCACCAGAGCGAAAGCCUGCAGGAUCUGCUACACACCUGCAGCCCAAGGAGGGGACACUGUGGGGGUUCUUUGCUAUCCUGUCACUGCUGGCUGGGCUGGCCACAGGCACCCUGCGAACACCACACUGCAACGAGACGCUGGACGCAGCCCCCACACCACGGGGCAUGGCCACUGCCAGCCUGUCUGUGGAGGAUGGUGUGGAGGCACCACUUGCCGCUGCCUGGAGCCAGCUGUACGGGGACAACGCGACAACAGGUGGCCCAGGCACCGCAGAGCUGGCGGAGGACCUGCUGCUGCGUGCUGAGCGCUCACCGCCAGGCACCAGCAAAGCCAAAAAGGGGGCGCGGAAACCCUCACGGGGCACCCGCGGGCGCAACUGCCACAUCCGCAACCUGAUGGUGAAGGUGCGUGACCUGGGCCUGGGCUUCAACUCGGACGAGAUUGUGCUCUUCAAGUACUGCAGCGGGUCCUGCCACCGGGCACGCAGCAACUAUGACCUGACGCUGGGCAGCCUGCUGCGGCAGCAGCUCAUCACCCCGGGGCCACAGGAGCGGGUCCUCAGCCACCCCUGCUGCCGACCCACCCGCUAUGAGGCUGUGUCCUUCAUGGAUGUGGAGAACACAUGGCAGACAGUGGAGAAGCUCUCAGCAGCUGAGUGCAGCUGUAUUGGCUGAGGAGGGGGCUGCUGGCUUGGCCCCAGCUCAACACAUGCUGACAGACUCCAGCUUGCCACAUGCAGUGGCACUGUUGCCCAGAGCAAGGGUCUGGCAGAGGCUGGUGCCCCUGCUAUUAUGUGGCCACAAAGAACCGAGGUGAGAUGGAGUCGUGACUGCCGUGUGGGUGGCCAAGCCCGCUCCUGCUCAGUGCCAAGCAGCUGGUGCCACCAGCUACAUGGGGUCCUACCCAGGUGCCCUGGCUCAGCCCUGGGAGAUGAGCUGAAGAGAGUAUGGACCAUCCCCACCACUCCCAAGGGUCUCCAGCCCAGUGUCCAUCAGCAGAGAUCCUGCACGUGCGCUCCAGGGGCCAAGCAUCACCCAAGCUUCAGAGGGGGCAAAACCUGCCGGUCCCCUCGGGCACCCUGGGGUCAGUGGUGCAAGGAAGGGGUGUCCCUGAGGGCUGGGAUGCAGUGGGGCCAAUUUGCACCACUGUGAAGUGGGGCACCUGCACCAGGACCAGCAGCAGCCCCUAGUAUUCUGCAGGGUGUUUGGUCAUAGACACCCAUUGGGACCCCCACCACUGCCUGAUUCCCAGGGUAGUGGAAGGGUCCCCCCGCUGCUCCGUGGUGCUGUGGCACUAAACUAUUUAUUACUCUAAAUUAUUUAUUUAUUGUUCUCGAGCGGCAGCUCGUAUUUAUGACUUUGGGCCCCCGGGGGCCGGGUGUAAUUUAACCCCAGCGCUGCACUGAAGCCCUGUGCAGCGCCCCGUGCACCCCGCACCCUUUUUCUAUUAUUUGUAAAAUUUGAGGGAUAAACUCUAUUUUUGUACAGUCGCCUUUUCCUGUAGCAAUAAAGCGAUGGGCUGCGCGUCCAA